AAGAAUGAAUUGAAUCAUUUUGGAUAAAAUAGAGGGAAAGUCUUUCACAGAAUGAUGGAUAAAUCAAAGAUAUCUUAAGUUUCGUAUUUAGGGUCUCCGAAUGAGCCGCUAUGUUCAACACAAGUCCAAGAUGGCAGACGAUUUGCAAGAUGAAUGGUGGUUGCAAGACGACGACGAUGAUUCUGCAAGCAAGAAAGUUGAACCUCCACAAACAAAUGAGAACAACCGUAAACCAGCAAAAGCAAAGUUGAAGAAGACCACUCCCAAGACUGCCACAAAACCCAGACCAGCCCAAGACACAGUCAAGAGGAGACAUGAGGAUGUGCCUGACCCAAGUGUCUCAAAUAAGAAAAAAAGAAGGAGGAAUAAGAAGAAGAUCAGUGAGCAGCUUACCUCUGAGCCUACCACCCCAAGCCCAGCUGAUGUGAUGUCAAUUCUCCUAAGGGGUCAGAAGAUGGAGCUGACAGCAGUGGAAAUGGAGGAACUCACACUUGAAGACAAUCACUUCUUGUCCCCAAAUGACCUCUCCCACACAAGUAUCUCAUCAUAUCUGAAGGAAGUUGUUCCAGACUGGCUGUCCCUUGUAGACCCCCAUGAAGCAAAGGGGGCCCCUUUGGUGUUGGUUUUGGCAGGUGCAGCCAAGAGAGCUGUUGAUCUGAAUAGAGAUUCUGCAACGUUCAGAGGGAAGGCCAGAUCUAUAAAACUGUUUGCCAAACACAUAAAGGUGCAAGAUCAGGUGGAACAGCUGUCUAAACAGGUGGCGCACCUGGCUGUGGGGACACCUGCGAGGGUAGCCACUCUUGUGGAGGAAGAUGCUCUCAGGUUAGACCACGUGAGGUGUGUAGUUCUAGACUGGACUUACAGAGAUGUAAAACUCAGGAGGCUCUGCGACAUUCCAGAGGUACGAGAUGAUCUGUUCCAGCUUCUUAGAAAACAUCUCAUCCCACUAGCGAAGGACGGCAUACUGAAAUUUGGACUUUUCUAGACCUACAGAUAAAUAGUGUCUCUGCCAAUGUGCCCAAAAUAAUACCUGCUUGAUCUAAAGCAAAAACAACUAUAUUGUGUCAAAUACAGGUAUCAAACUGAAGCAAAACUGAUAUGUGAGUCACUUGGUUGGUUAAAAAAGCUACUUUAAUAAACAUUUGUUCUAAAAGUA